CUUUUUGGUGCUGCUUACCUGGGUAGUAUUUUCCAAAUGAAAUCCUACGAUACAACUCCAGAAAAGAUCAUUAUUAGAGACACUCACUCCACUAAACUUUCUUUAAUCCAGUAACGGGGCUGUGUUUGAAUGUUGCAAAUCUCAUCAAUUGAUUUAUUGACAGCUGUCCCUACUGCGAGGUAUCAACAUUGAACAUCUUCUCAAUCACCUGAAAAUCAACUACGUGGAAUUCAUUCAUUUUUCUCUAUCUUGUAGGGAUAAGUGGCACGUAUUGACAACUACUAUCUCAUUGAUACAUUCUUUCACACACAAAAUGAAUUCUAUGCACCGGCAGAUUGGCAAGAUCAGGCACAAAGGUCCUGGCGAUACUGCCAAAGUAUCUGUACUUUUGAGCGAUUACGAAGAUGCGAAUAAGAUGCUCAACAUGAUAAUUGAAGCUUCGAAAGCAUGGAGAGACGCAUGGGUGUCUAUACUUUCUUCUCAAUUAAAUACAGCUCUAAGUUUCGAGGAGUUAUAUCAGCCCAUUGUAGGCACCAGCGAUGCUCAUCGAGACAACCCAGCAGUUACCCCUCGCCAACAAAUGGAGCGAACUAUCAAAUUGAAGGAAACAUAUACGGAACUAAAAACAGAUCUACUGGAAGAAGUUAUGAUGAUGGAUUCUCGAGUUACAAAACCGGCUACGGAAGCAAAGGACUUUCUACAACCUAUUCGAAAGACGAUCAAGAAACGAGAAAACAAAAGAUUAGACUGGGAAAGAUAUAUAGAUAAGGUCAAUAAAGGGUCUGCUAAGAUGAAGAGGACUGAUCGAGAAAACGCCGCUUUGGCAAAGGCUGAAGAGGAACAAGGCAGGGCAGCAGAGGCAUUUAAAGAUGCAGACGCUCAUCUCAGAGAAACGUUACCACCUAUAAUCGCUGCAGCUUUUUCGAUCCUACCACAUUUACUUGCCGUACAAAUUAUGAUUCAGAAUACGCUGCUCGCCCAAUACUACACAGCAUUGCACAACUACUGCGAAGAUGUAGGCCUCCCUUCUCCUCCACCCCCGAUGGAAGACGUCAUCGCAGUCUGGAAUCAAGACUAUCACCCUAUAAAACAAGAAGUCGAACUCAUAGAUUGUAUCCGCCGCGGCAAAGCCGUUCACCAACCCAUGAAUGUCAGCGACGAAAGUGCAAAUCCAAGCUCCAAUUCAAAAUCCAUAACCGGUCUCAAUGUCCGCAAUGGAUUUUCCCGUCGUCCCUCGAACCAAUCUAUGAGCACAAACCGCGAUCCAUCUCCCAAUCCAAGCAUCUCAACCACAUAUUCCGACGCGCGAUCUCCUAAGCCCGAUCGUCCACCCCCUAUUCGUUCCGCCUCUCGUCCUCGCAUUCCAUCAACCCAACAUACAGUCCCCGUUUUCUCACCACCUACAACCUCUGACAACGACUACAACGAGCCUCUUCAAACCCCAACUCCUAGCGACUACUCCAACCAUCUCACACCUGUCUCUACGCAUUCCUCCUCUUAUGCUCCUGCAGGCCCAUCUCUGGAUUAUUUUCAGCGCGGGUCAACCAAUGAAGGCGUAGCAGUGAAUUCUGCAAUCGGAAAGAAGAAACCUCCUCCCCCUCCCCCAAAGAGACUGGGUUCUUCUCAUGGAGGCGUUUUUGUGGUAGCGCUUUAUGAUUUUGAGGGCCAAGGACAAGGAGAUUUGAGUUUUAAAGAAGGUGAUAGGAUUAAGGUUACGAAGAAAACGGGAAGUACAGACGAUUGGUGGGAUGGAGAGUUAAGGGGGGUGAAAGGGAGCUUUCCAGCCAAUUAUUGUAAGAGUGCUUAGUGGCCUGGGCGCGAAGUGGGAGUGCAUAUUCGGGCUGAGUCGCUGGAGCGCGUGGGAGUUAUGGCAAGAAUCGCCUGAAAGAAGGGCGGUAUGCUUGCUCUAUGCUAUGUUAUGAGAGAAUCACAGGUAUCUAACCACCUAGCUCAAAAAUAUAUGGACGGAGUUUGGUCUCCUGGAUGGAUGAAAUGGAUGGACAAAUCGAUUCAAUAAACCUUUUUAUACUACCUACCUAUAUUAUACUAAUGAUCACUCAAGUUUGACGACAUUAAAAUGGGAAUGAACCUCCGAGUGAGAUUGCAAUGGAAAUGGGACGUUUAUCCAUCACAUAAAUCUACAUCAAAAUAGCGAAGGAACCACACUUCC